GCGGGGGCGGAGCAGAGUUGCACUGCGCUUCUUCGGUGGGCUGUGCCUGGAGAGCGGGAAGUGAGCUCAGGCGCAGAGGAAAUCCCGCCUGCCCGCGCCCGGCCUGUGUGUUGUGCUCUCCGUGUUGGCGACACCGAGGGCGAGAUCGGCGAGGCGCUUCUCCGGGGGUGGCGGAGGGGCCGGCUGCGUCUUCGAGGGAGACAUGUCGGAUCAGGAAGCCAAACCUUCAGCAGAGGAUUUGGGUGAUAAAAAAGAGGGAGAAUACAUUAAACUUAAGGUUAUUGGACAGGACAGCAGUGAAAUUCACUUCAAAGUGAAAAUGACAACGCAUCUAAAGAAACUUAAAGAAUCAUACUGUCAGAGACAGGGAGUUCCAAUGAAUUCACUCAGGUUCCUUUUUGAGGGUCAGAGAAUUACUGAUAAUCAUACUCCAAAAGAGCUCGGAAUGGAAGAAGAAGAUGUGAUUGAGGUUUAUCAGGAACAGACAGGAGGCCAUUCAACAAUUUAGAAUGUUUUUUCCCUUUCCCUUUAUCCUUUUUUAUUUUUAAAUAAUAGUUCUUUUGUAAUGUGGUAUAUAACACUGAGUUAAAACCAACACCACAUUCCUAUGUUUUAAAUAUUAUUUCCAGUUGUCUGUUUUGAAUUCUUGUGCUCAUUAUACACUGUCAUUGUGUCAGACUUUUGUGAUCCUACUGCAGUUGUACUUCCCCAUUUUUUCCCUUUUCCUCUUUAGAAAAGCAACUGUCUACACAUGCAGUUACAUGUUGGCAAGGAUCAUGUAUCCAAGCCUUGACUAUUUGGCAGUGGGCAGAGGUUUCUAAUAUUCACAUUGGCCUGAAAUUUAGGUGUGUGACUUUUAUUUGUGGAUUUUAAGAGAAGAAGAUACAGAAGCUUUUUGAAAUCUAAACAGAAGGAUUGUGUCCUAAUAUUAAGAGUUUUCUGUAGAUUUCAAUGUGAAGUAUCCAAAUACUGAUGGCAAAAAUGUAGUUUAUGGUAAUACUAUCUUUGAAAUGGCUUCACUGAAGAUAACAUGGAAAUUGGGGUUUUGUCAACAGAAGAUCCUAGGAAAGUUCUAAUUAAUGUAUAUCUUCUUGCAACGAGAGUUUAACGAUUCUUAUGUUGUACCUGUUUGUCUGGAAUGUGGUUUUUCAAUGGACAUAGAUUGUAUUGGCUUCCCUUUAAAUAAAUAAGAGGAAACAAAUUCAUAAA